UUCAGUUUACUCGAUUCAAGUGUGGAGGAAUGGCAAUUGGAUUCAGCUGGUCUCAUGUCCUUGGAGAUGCAAUAACAGCUACAAAUUUUAUCAACCUGUGGGCACAGUUACUCAGUGGUGGUAGUCCUAAAUGCCAGCCCAUCCACAAUCAUAAAAUCAAAACAGAAAAGACUCUUAUAAAGUCACCUACCUCCCUCGAACUACUUUCAGUUAAGCAAGUCGAACUUGUUGGAGAUCCCUGGCUAUCUUUGAACAAUAGUAAAAUGGCAACGUACUCCUUCCAAAUUACUGAAGCAAAGAUCAAGCAGAUACAAGCAAAGGAAUCGAGUCAAGUUUCAUCCUUUGAAAUCAUUUCAGCUCUAAUCUGGCAAUGCUUGGCGAAGAUUAGAAAAGAUAAAGAACCCACGUUGGUGACAAUUUGCAAGAAUGACCCUUCAGUAAAAAGAAGUUGGCUUCUUAGCAAUGAGCAAAAGAUAGGUACAGUUGUGUCGGACUUCUUCCCUUCCAAGGUUGCCGUCUCAGAGCUAGCAUCCAUAAUUGCUAAACAGCAAGUAAUUGAAACAAAGAUGAUCGAAGAUUUGGUGGAAGGAGAAAGUGGGACACCAGAUUUUAUUAUUUAUGGUGCAAAUCUGACUUUUAUUGACAUGGAAGGGGUUCCAUUGUAUGAGUUGGAGCUGAAGGAUCAAAAGCCCAUUCAUGUAGACUUCAGUAUUGAUGGUGUAGGUGAUGAAGGAGCAGUGCUGGUGCUUCAGUGUCCACAAAAAACUUAUGGCAGUGGUGGAAGUGGAGGAAAAAUGGUAAUGCUCAUUCUACCAGAAGAUCAGAUCUCUCCACUUCGGGAGGCACUGGAGAGUGCAUGGGGUAUUGCUUAAGAAGACAUGAGAAUUUUCUCUGUCCAGAAUAAAUGUAAAAUUCUCAAAAUAAAGGCACCAUAGGGAGGUGAAAGACAAGAUAAGCUGCCAAUUGUUGAUUAAUUAUCUAAGCAUGCUGGAUGAAUCAGUAGGGUUUAAUUUUGCUUGCAUAACAGGUUUUCAAGUUGUAAAGCUUCAAUAAAGAAAUCCUGGCCAUUGUCAAUGUAAUGCAUGUUUUAUGUUAAAUAUAAAUUAGAAGUGGUUUAUGUAAACUAUAUUAUGUUAUGGAAACAAUGACAAUGACAUCAUGUUUCAAAAAGUAUGUAGAGUAUCAAACAUUAAGAAGCUUAUGAGUGAUACCUGCGUUCA